AUGGAGGAUAACUCUUCAUCACAAAGGUUCGGCUAUAUGGAGGCAAAGUUGGGCCGGAAAGCCCAACUCAUUUUAGGGAUGGAGAUUAUGCCGCUAACCUCCCUUUCCAAGUGGGCUCAGGUGGAAAAGAUCAAUGGCGCAACACAACCUGCUAGGCUGCUAAGGGAUCGAUUAACUGAAAGCAAAUGGUUCAACAUUUCCAUUAAGAAGUUGCUUGGAAAAAACCACAUUCAGAGUUGGGAGGUUUUGAGUUCUGGUUUGAAAGAAUGGAUCUUCGAACAACUCAAAGAUAAACGUUCAAGAUAUAGUUAUCGGAUGUGCAAUCAUGACCCUGGCAUGAAUGAUUUACAUGAGAUAUUAUCAAAGAGGGGUGAUCAGGUGAUUGGAGGAGAGAGAUGCCUUGAAAAUUUUGGUUGGAGUGUGAACUGUUCAGAUUUUAAUGAGAGCCUCCUUAUGUGGCACAUUGCUACCGAUAUUUGUUACCAUGAUGAAGUCCCAAAAAAGGACGGUAAUGCCAAUAAUGUUCAUCCCAACUGCAAAAUGAGUUCACUUGAGACGGAGGAUGGUUGGGAAAAUAAGCGAAAGUGGGAGACGAUAAGCCAGGUUUGGGUAGGAAUGUUGACAUAUGUUGCCAAUCAUUGUGGAUCGAAAGAGCAUGCUCAAUCCCUUACACGAGGUGGAGAGUUAGUCACUCAUGUGUGCCUUCUCAUGGCUCAUGUUGGCCUGAGUGAGCAAUGCUUAACCAACUGA